AUGUCUGGCAACUCGAUCCCAAAUUUGCUAUCUCUUAGGGGGCCAAGAGGCGGUCGAGGCGGUCGUGGACGCGGAAGAGGUGGCCGUGGCGAUGGGCCUUCCUCUGCUGGCCCUACUCACGAUCAGACGAUCCAGGGCACCGACGAUGAUGCCGCCGGCUCACGUCUGAGUGCCAUCAACGUUGGGUACCUCAACGAUCCGUAUGCGCAGUUUUUUGUUGAUGGCAUGGCCGGUCCCCUGCCCAGGAGGCUUCCCAUUAUCAACCGAGGCACUUACACGAGAACCGUUGCUCUCGACACUCUCAUCGACAGCUUCCUGUCACAAGCUGAAGAUGCAGGCGCUAGGCCCAACCACAAGCAAAUCAUCUCUCUUGGUGCCGGUACUGACACCCGUCCAUUUCGGUUAUUUCCCAGAACCAACCGACCCGGACUAGUCUAUCAUGAGCUCGACUUUCCGGUUACGGUCCGGAAGAAGGCUCGCAUAGUUCAGGGCGUCCCACCUCUGCGUCACAUCCUUGGGGAUCCAUUGGCUGACGAAGAUGGCUCAUGGUACUCUCGGCCGUCUGAAUCAGACAGCUACUAUUGCCAUGCUCGCGAUCUCCGAGAGCUCGUGCAGGGGGGCACUUCAACGCUCAAGGGGCUUCGAACGGAUAUUCCGACGCUUCUUAUCUCGGAAUGCUGUCUAUGUUAUCUUGAGACGUCCACAACCAAAGACCUAGUGGCGUGGUUUGAGCAAAAGAUUCCCAAUCUCGCCAUUAUCAUCUACGAGCCCGUCAAGCCCGACGACCCAUUUGGCAAGAUGAUGACGUCCAAUCUGGCGGCAAGAAGGAUUCGAAUGCCAACUCUAGAAAGUUACAAACUUCCCCAAGACCAGGAACAACGUCUUCGAGAUGCUGGUUUCGAGCACGUAAAUGCAUUGACGGUCGAGCGUAUCUGGGAACGCUGGGUGCCGUCCGAGGAGAAGGAGAGAGUUGACCGACUGGAGGGACUCGAUGAAGUGGAGGAAUGGAAGCUGCUUGCCGACCACUACAUCGUGGCGUGGGGGUGGAGAGGUUCAGGAUUUGAGCUGUUUGAUGCUACUAGACAAUAG